AUGCCACUAAUCAACCAAUCCCGCACCUGCUGCGGAGUGAAAUCAAUACUUCUGCAUCUCUCACCCCUUCUACCCACACAGGGAUAUGCCAGUUUCGAAAAGACCAUGCCAGAUUAUCAAUGCGAGGUCCUUGUUGAAUAUCUCGCUGAUAAUCCAGAGCAGUUUUACCUUUGGUCCUGGGAAGGGACCUACUUCAAGCACUCCACUAGUUCCGUUGAGGGUGUUUUUGUUGCCUACAUCAGUAGAAUCACAAAUCCGCUUUCAACCGCUUUUACCACUUUUGAAAGCGUGAAAGUGUUUCUGCUUUCAAAAGUGGCAAAAGCGGGCAAAUGGUUUUGGAAGUGGCUGUGA